ACUUGCAGGAGUUGGUUCUCUCCACGAUGUGACUCCCAGGGAUGGAACUCUGAUCAUUAGGUUUGGCAUCGAGUGCCUUGAUCCACUGAGCCAUCUCGCCAGACCUCAGUUUAUCAUGUUUAAGUGUACAACUCGGUGACAUGUGAUGUAUUCAGAAUGCUGCCUGCUCCGUCUGAAAACAAUCAGAACUUUGGAGUGAUUGAUGUGUUUUAAUUUCGGGUGAGAUGCACUCACCAUGGUGGUAUCCUGGCCUGCUCACGAACAUCUCGAGCACUUAGCACUCACAGAUGCCUGUCGCAUGACGGAAUGACGCCUCCCUGGCUAACUCCUGUUGCAACUUCAGAUCCAAGAGACACCAAAAUUCACCAGGCUGGGGAGUCAUCGGAAGUCGUACGCUGGUGGCCCGGUAGGAGGCGCCCCACGGGCCCCGUUACCGCUUUCGGUUUGCCCGGGUCGGGCACCUCUCUGAGAAGGCUCGCCCCCCGCCCCUUUGGCCCGCGGGCCCGCCCCGCCCCGCGGCUUCCUCCAGAGCCGCGGGCACAGAGGCCGCGCCGGGCAGAGGAGCCAGAGCCGGCGAGCAGGCGGUGGCGGCGGCUGCGGAGGCGAUGGUGAGACCGGCAGGGGCAGAGGGCGAUUGUUCAGGGGCGUGAGGCAGGGAAAGAAUUGGAGCGAUGCCAGCGGCAGGCGGACGAAGUGACGGAAAUCAUGCUCAACAAUUUUAACAAGGUCCUGGAGCGUGACAACAAGCUGGCAGAGCUGGAGCAGCGCUCAGACCAGCUCCUGGACAUGAGUUCGGCCUUCAGCAAGACGACCAAGACUCUAGCCCAGAAGAAGCGCUGGGAGAAUAUCCGGUGCCGGAUCUACUUGGGGCUCGCAGUGGCUGGUGGCCUACUCAUCAUCCUGAUUGUACUGCUGGUCAUCUUUCUUCCAGGGAGUGGUGGGGACAGUAGUAAUCCAUAGGCCUAGGAUACAGGCAUUGCCUUAGGGACUGGGGACUGACCCAGCCAGGCCUGGAGGAGAGGCUGAAUGACUGUACUGGCCUGUUCUGGUCUCCAGAGAAUCCUGGUGUUUGCUUCCAUCUCGGCCACCCCGGAGAGUACUGAAGGGCAUCCUGGAUAUGUUCACCUCUGCAUCUCCCAUCAUGCCAUGGACUGGCCCUUGAGGGCAGCCUGCUGCUGCACUGGCCCUACUAGGCGACACAGCUGGAGCUCAGUAAAAGCAGCUGUUUGGUUAAAAGUGUUUGUUCUCUCUCUCUCUCUCUGCUCUCUCAUGCACAUACACACAUCACAGACACAAAUGUGUACACACACACUU